AUGGUGCCCGUUGGUCGCCAGUUCUCCAUCACGACUCUGGCAUCGCCUGCAGGCGCUUAUUUCGACUCUGGUGCGACGCUUCUUGGCGUCAGAGCUCUCCUCUCGAGGGGGAGACACACUAUCACUCUUAUUUCCUUAUCACACACGGGAUACCUCGCUCCAAAACGGUUCAUGGAUCCUCCACUUCAAACACCCGAGACACCACCACCCAGAGCCGACGAAAUAUGCGACAACGUGAUGACCGACCCUCCACCGCCUUACCCUGAUCCUACCCGUCCCCGCCGCCAACAUCGAGGCACACGACGCCCAGGGAGCAGCCCUCGCUUGCAGACUAUCCAGCGACUAUCCUCCACAGAUUCAUACUCGGACUAUGAAGGCGGCCUAAGACAGAAUCUGUCGAUGAGUGCAUCCUCGGGGCCUAAUACCGACGACGACAUCGAAGGCGACGAACGAGACCGCGCAAGAAUGUUUUUGACGCCUUCGCCGUUACUGCGUACGUCCAACAUGCAUCACCACCACCACCACCACCACGACAGACAGAGAGCACGCUCGGUGUCGCAGAUGAGCACGCUGAGUGCUGCGCCGUCGCUGGCGCAGACGGUGUUGUCGUUGUUCCAGGUGGACCCGGAGGACGAGGAGGGAGGGAUCUUUUUGCCCGAGGAGGGGAUUGAUACUAUGGCGGAUGAGCAUGGGGAUAGAGGAUCGUUGCAUUCGAUGAGGCACGAGUUUAGCUGUUUCUCGUUGGCGAGUUGGGAGAGGUACUUUAGGCCUAUGGGCCGUCCUCUCUAUUGGAGAGCACUCGUCCACCUUUUGGUCAUCAAUUUCCCCUUUGCUCUGGCUGCCUGGGUGUAUCUGUUCGUUUUUACCUUGACGGGCACAACAACCCUCGUCGCUCUCCCUCUAGGAGCCUUGCUAUGUUUCCUCAACCUAUUAGGCGCACGAGCCUUUGCCCGCGCCGAACUGGAACUCCAAACUCAAUUCCACAGCCCGCUGUCAUACCCCACACCAUACCCUCCCCGCCCCAUCUUCACGCGCUACCGCGAACUCACAGCGCAGGAAAUCGAGUCUGGGCGUAUGCCCUACUUGCGCACUGGCCUCGUCAAGGAACGGUCGUUCUACAAGAAUGCUUAUUCAAUGUUCACAGAUCCAACAUCCUACCAAGCCCUCUUCUACUUCAUCGUCAUCAAACCAGCGAUCACACUCGGUCUCUUGCUCUUCGUUCUCGUGUUUGUGCUGCCGUGUUUGGUUUUGGUUCUGCCCGCCCCAGCGGCCCUUCGAGCGGUCAGGAAGUUGGGGAAAUGGCAGGGGAAUGUGGCGGUUGAGGGGCUUUAUUAUGCUGUAAGGUAGGAUUGGUACUAGUGGAUGGUUGGAUGGGAGAUUGGUGAUGUAUCGUUGGUUGGGAAUUGGUGUCGUAUCGUUGGCUGCGGGUUUGGUGUUGUAUGUUGGUUGGGUCAUUGGUAUCAUCUGGUUGGCUGGGCGAAGGUCGUAUGUAUCCUGCCCCGGAAAUUACAAAAGAUUAUGGUUAUUUAU